CUGAGGAGGGAGGCUCAGCAAGUCCAGGCCCACGCCGCUGCCUCUGCUCCAGCCAGGAUGUGGCUCUUCCACACUCUGCUCUGCAUGACCAGCCUGGCUCCCCUGGCCGCCUUCAACGUGGACGUGGUCCGGACCUGGGUGACCCCCAAGGGAGGUGCCCCCUACGUGCUCAGCUCCCUCCUGCAUCAGGACUCCAGCACCAACCAGACUUGGCUCCUGGUCACCAGCCUCAGAACCAACAAGACAGCAGAGCCCCUAUAUCAGUGCUCCCUCGUCCAGGAUGAGCUCUACUGCCAACCAGUAGAGCACGUCCCCAUCCCAAAGGGGAGGUACCGGGCAGUGACAGCGGUCCGGAACCACCACGGUGUUUUGAUCUGCAUUCAAGUGCCAACCCGCCGGCCCCAGAGCCUCAACUCAGAGCUCACAGGCGACUGCAGCCUGCUGGCCCCUGACCUCCGUCCCCACGCCCAUGUCUACUUCUCCGACCUUGAAAAACUCCUGGAUCCCAGUGCUCCUGUGGAUGCUGGAGACUGCUCCAGGAACAGGAAAGGCAGCACGGAGAACACAGCCAGGCGGCGCCGGGAUUUGAAGGAGGAGGAGGAGGAGGAGGCAGCUGGCACCGAGAUCGCCAUCAUCCUGGAUGGCUCGGGAAGCAUUGAAUCCCCAGACUUCCAGAGAGCCAAAGACUUCAUCUCCAACAUGAUGGAGAGCAUCUAUGAGAAGUGCUUAGAGUGCAGCUUUGCCGUGGUGCAAUACGGGGAGGUCAUCCAGACGGAGCUUGACCUUCAGGACAGCCAGAACGUGACAGCCUCCCUCGCCAGAGUCCAGAACAUCACUCAAGUGGGGAAAGUCACCAAGACGGCCUCUGCCAUGCAGCACGUCCUAGACAACAUCUUCACGCCAAGCCACGGCUCCAGAGAAAAUGCAUCCAAGAUCAUGGUGGUGCUUACUGAUGGGGACAUAUUCCAGGACCCCCUCAACCUCACGACUGUCAUCAACUCCCCAAAGAUGCAAGGUGUUGAGCGUUUUGCCAUUGGGGUGGGAGAUGCAUUUAAUAAAACCAAGGCAUACGAUGAACUGAAGCUGAUUGCCUCGGACCCUGAUGAGGACCACGCCUUCAAGGUGACCAACUACUCGGUGCUGGAUGGGCUGCUGAGCAAACUGCAGCAGAGUAUCAUCCGCGUGGAAGGCACGGUCGGAGAGGCCCUCCACUACCAGCUGGCACAGGUCGGGUUCAGCGCCCAGAUCCUGGACGAGGGACAGGUGCUGCUUGGUGCCGUAGGGGCCUUUGACUGGUCGGGGGGUGCGCUGCUUUACAACAUGAGCAGCCGCAAAGGCCGCUUCCUGAACCAGACGACGGUGGACACCAAGGCUGCGCAGUACGGCUACCUGGGUUACUCGGUGGCCGUGCUGCACAAGGCCUGUGGCCUCUCCUAUGUGGCGGGGGCUCCACGGCACAAGCAGCACGGGGCUGUGUUUGAGCUCCUGGAGGAGGGCAGAGAGACCAACUUCAUUCCAGUGCUGGAGGGCGAGCAGAUGGGGUCCUAUUUUGGCUCUGAGCUGUGCCCUGUGGACGUCGACAUGGAUGGCACCACGGACCUGUUGCUGGUGGCGGCCCCGUUUUACCACGUUCAAGGCGAGGAGGGCAGAGUCCAUGUGUACCGUGUGAACAAGCAGGAUGGUUCCUUCUCCUUGGUACGCAUGCUGAGUGGGCACCCCAGGUUGACUUAUGCCCGAUUUGGCUUUGCCAUGGCAACAGUGGGGGAUAUCAAUCAGGAUGACCUCAUAGAUGUGGCCAUCGGGGCCCCCCUGGAGGACUUUGGGGCAGACGACGGCGCAGGCUUUGGCAGUGUGUACAUCUACAAUGGACACUCUACCAACCAGCUGGUUGACCUCUCGACCAACCAGCCACAGCGGAUCAGAGCCUCAGUGGCGGCCCCAGGACUCCAGUACUUCGGCACGUCGUUGGCUGGUGGCUUAGAUUUCAGUGGCGAUGGUCUUGCUGACAUCACCGUGGGUGCCCUGGGCCGGGCGGCUGUGCUCCGCUCAAGACCUGUGGUUCGUCUGAAGCUGUCCAUGACCUUCGCCCCCAAGGCACUGCCCAUUGGCUUCUACAACAGCGUGAAUGUGAAUUUGUGUUUUGAAAUCAGCUCUGCGACCCCAGCUGCUGAGUCAGGCCUUGGAGAGACCUCUCUGAACUUCACGUUGGAUGUGGACGUGGUGAAGCAGAGGAAAAGGCUGCAGUGUUUAGACGAGAGGAUGUGUCAGGGCUCCCUUAGGAAGUGGGGCACGGGUCCCCGUCUCUGUGAGCCCUUCCUGCUGGUUCCCACAGAGGAACAGCUGUGUCAGGAGGACUGCUUCUCCAACAUCAGUGUCAAGGUCAGCUACCAACUCCAGACCCCCGAGGGCCAGAGGGACCACCCCCAGCCCAUCCUGGACUUCCAUGCUGAGCCUUCUGCCAUCUUCCAGCUGCCCUACGAGAAGGCCUGCAAGAAUAAGCUGUUCUGUGUUGCUGAGCUACACUUGGCCACCACCCUCUCUCAGCAGGAAUUGGUGGUGGGUCUCACCAAGGAGCUGACCAUGGACAUUAGCCUAACGAACUCUGGGGAAGAUUCCUACAUGACAAGCAUGGUUUUGAAUUACCCCAGAAACUUGCAGUUUAAAAGGAUACAAAAGCCUCCUUCUCCAAACAUUCAGUGCGAUGACCCUAAGCCAACUACUUCUGUCCUGGUCAUGACCUGCAAGAUUGGUCACCCUGUAUUCAAGAGGUCGUCUGUAAACUUUUCAUUAGUUUGGCAGCUGGAAGAGAGUGCCUUUCCAAACAGGACAGCCGACAUCGCUGUGACGAUUGCCAAUGCCAAUGAAAAAAGGUCUUUGGUCAAUAAGACCCACAGCCUUCAAUUCAAACAUGCCUUCAUUGCAGUCCUUCCCAAACCAUCAGUGAUGUACAUGAACACAAGCCACGGGCCUUCCCACCACAAAGAGUUCCUCUUCAAUGUACAUGGGGAGAACCUCUUUGGGGCCGAGUUCCAGCUGCAAAUUUGUAUUCCAGUUAAAUUACAAAGUUUCCAGUUCGUAACAGUGAAGAACCUGACCAAGACUCAGGCUGGCACUGUGUGCACCCAGAGUCAGAAGCGCUGUGGGAGCGCUGUGGUUCAGCAUGUGGAAGAAUGGCAGUCAGUGAGCUGUAACAUCAUCUCGGAUAAAGAAAAUGUCACCGUGGCUGCAGAGUUCUCCUUGAGUCAAUCGGAGAAGUUACGAAGAGAUGUGACUGAGCUGCAGAUCCUUGGUGAAAUAUCUUUCAACAGAGCUCUAUAUGAGGGGCUCAGUGCAGAGAACCACAGAACUACGAUCACUGUCAUCUUCCUGAAAGACGGGGAGGCGUCUUCUCUGUCUCUCAUCAUUAAAAGCAGUGUCGGUGGCCUCCUGGUUCUGAUCGUGAUUGUAAUCAUCCUGCUCAAGUGUGGCUUUUUUAAAAGAAAAUACCAACAGUUGAACUUGGAGAGCAUAAGGAGGGCACAGCUGAAAUCAGAGAAUCUGCUGGAAGACGAAGAUUAGGAGCAGCUUCCUCAUCCCCUGGGAGAGCGUGUCCGCCGGUCCCGGAGCGUCUGGAGACUCGGUGUCGUGUGGACGACUUCUCCUUCAGGAUGGUCCUGCGCAGAGUCUCGCACAUUGCUGGUGGAGUGUUGUUUUUUUAACCCUACAUUGUCCCUAAAGUGUCUGUGCGUUAUGCAAAAACGAAGCUUCGGAAACAUUUGGUAUUAAAUAAAGGUAAACUGUUUUCUUUACAGAAGUGCCUUUAAUAUGCAAAUAUAAUAUACUUUGUAAUUUUUUUCCCCCAAGAGGAGGUUAUACAGUUAUACAGCAUUUCCCAGGCUUAUUUGCCUGAGUGCUUUUUUCCUGCUGUUUCCAUGAACAUCUUCCAAAAUAGUGUUCCACGAAGUAUGUUUGUAGGGGGGACAGUGGUCAAAAGCAGUUUCUAGUUUGGCAUUUUCAUCAUCCUAACAUGUGGCCUAUUAUUUCAAAUCAGGCCACAAAAAAGCACCCCCAGAACAAAUGUAAAAAGUGGAAAAACAGAGGUCACCUAAACAGGAACAGGGAGGGAGAGGAGAAGACCAGGACUUUGUUCUGUAGCGUCUGCUUAACAUCCUGUGCUGGGGCUUCCCUGGUGGCACGGUGCUCAAGAACUCACCUGCCACUGCAGGGGACACGGGUUUGAUGUCUUUUCCGGGAAGAUCCCACAGGCUGUGGAGCAACUACGGAGGCUGCCUCUAGAGCCCACGAGCUACAGCUACUGAGCCUGAGUGCUGCAGCUACUGAAGCCUGUGCAUCUAGAAGGUUCUUGUUGUUCCACAACAAGAGAAGCCACCACAAUCAGAAGCCUACGCACCACAACAAAGAGUAGCCCCUGCUGUCUGCAACUAGAGAAAGCUCACGUGAAGCAACGAAGACCCAACGCAGCCAAUAAAAUAAAAUUAAUAAAUUAAAAAAAAAAAACAGCAAAAACUCCCCCCAAACAUCCUGUGUUGAUUCUUGCCUGGCUUCCUGCCGAGUGAAUGGCUCAGGGAAUUUGUUCCUCAGUGAGACAGCGCUCGUCUGUAGGAGGAGGUGGAACCUGGCCUGGGAGCUGGGGGCACCGAGAUUAGGGCCUAGUUAUAGGCUGGCUUUUGCUCUUAGUUUCUUAUUUUAUUUUAUUUUAUUUUAUUUUAUUUUAUUUUCUUAUUUUAUUUUGUUUGUAUGCUCCAUGCUGUUAAUACUUGACCACAUCUGCCCACUCCCAACCCUGCAAUGGGACAGUCUUUGUUUUCAUGGGUAAUAAAAGUCAUUGCAAACAAUUAAACAGUGCAGGAGUAUAUAAUGUGGAAAGUAAUCCCUGUGAUCACUCGGUCUUCUUUAUCUAAUUCAAAGUGCUUUCAUUAUUAUUUCUUCUAAAUUUUAAUUUUUUUUCUGAAAUGUAUGUGGGUAUAAGGUGUGAAUUAGGGAUUUUUUUUUUAAGGUAUUUAUUUAUUUAUUUAGGCUGCACCGGGUCUUAGUUGUGGAAUGUAGGGUCUUUUAGUUGCAGCAUGCGGACUGCUUAGUUGUGGGAUGCGUGUGGGAUCUAGUUUCCCGGGCCCCUUGCAUUGGGAGUAUGGACCACCAGGGAAAUCCUUGAAUUAGGGAAUUUAACCUGAGUUGUUUUUUUUCUCCCCAGACAUAUAACUGAUUUUCACAGGACCACUUAUUGAAAUAGUUAAGCACCUCCUCUGCUCACCCUCCCUCUCCCCAUAUCACAGGGGCUGGAAGCCUUUAACCACUUCCCAGGCUCCCUUGCAGUGGGCUUCUGGUGUAGGUUUUGCCAGCGAGGGGAACUUGCACGAGACGAGAAGGUGGAGAGAUGGGAGAAGGCUUCCGUCUGCUUCUGGCCUCGUGGUGGCCGCAGGUGAGGACAGGCCCCUGAGCAGCAGUGCGCCUGUGUGGGCUCCUGCAGUGGUGGCGGCUUCCUGCAACUCUUGACCUCUGGGUGACACCAGCUGUCUAGUUUUUAUUUUCCAGUCCUCCCAACAAAUUUGAAACUUAACUCUGUGUAUUAAAUCCCUUUCUGUUCAAAAUACCUAGAGUAGUUUCUGUUUUCUUGAUCACCUUAAGUCUAACUAUAU